AUGCUCGCCACACGACUGCGUACCCCGGCUCUGCGCCGCCUUGCACGCGCCGCCUCGAGCUCCUCACCAUCAUCGUCCUCGGUUCCGGCCGAGACGCCGAAAGGCAACUCUCCGGGGACGGUCGCUGGCUCCCAGUCGCCGAAUUACCCCACCCAAUGGUCUCUCAACCAGCGAGCGCGGCCGACGCCCACCGACGGCGCACGCUUCGAACAAACCAUAAUGGAGCUGCAGCCUCAACCGCUCAGUGCUAUGGCCAUGAUUGCGGAGGAGCCUGUUCGUAUGGUCAAGGGUCGCAAGGCUGUUUGCGAUGGAGGCCACGGUCCACUCGGUCACCCCAAGAUCUUCAUCAACCUUGAUAAGCCUGGCCCAAAGGCGUGCGGCUACUGCGGCUUCCGCUACGAGCAAGAACCUCACCACCACCACUGA